AUGUCAAUUUUUUAUGCCCUUUCUCUCUAUUUUUCCCUCCAUUACAUCUAUCACACUCUGCUCUCUUCCUUGACUUUCUGCUUCUCUGUUCAUUCCUUACACUUUCUCUCUCCCCUUAAUAUAACUCUCUCUCACCCCAUCCUUACUCUUUCUUUCUCCUCCCAAUCUCACUCUUUUUCUCUCCAUGUAACCUUACUCUUUCUCUCUAUACUUCUUUCGCUCUACUCCCUGUCCUUACUCUCCCUCACUCCCUUACUCUUUCUCGCCCCCUCCCCUGUCCUUUUUUCACUCUCUCUCUCACUCCCCUAUCCUUACUCUUUCUCUCCCCUGUCUUUACUCAUUUUCUCACCCCUUAACCGUAUUAUUUUCUUCUUCCCUAACUAUCCUUACUUAUCUCUCUCCGUAACCUUACUCUCUCUCUCUCUCUCUCUCUCUCUCUAUCCUUACACUUUCUGUCUCCUCGUAAUCUUACUCUUUCUCUCUCCCCUUAUACUUUCUCUUUCUCUCUAUCCCUCUAUCAUUAAAAUUUCUCUCUCCCCUCUUUCCUUUCUCUCUCUCCUUACUCUUUCGCCCUCCUAUAAUUACGUUUUUGCUCUCUCCCUCUCUCCUUACACUUUCUCUCUCCGCGUCUCUUUCACUCUCUCCCUCUCACAUAAAAUUUCUCCUAUCCUCUCUUUCCCCCUAUCUCCUCCUUGCCAUCUCUCCUUCCUCCCUGUCAGUUGA